UCUGAGCAGCUGGAGGGAGGGUCUCCAGCUGAUAGAGGAAGCUCAGUACCUAUUAAACCCAAACACAGACACAUUCUAAUGCGUAUCAGCUGUGUGCAAAUAAUACGGGUAUUGCAGCCCUGAGCGCUGGCGAGAGGAGGGCUUGUUCUGGGAAUUUGUUUCAACUUAAAUUGAUAUAUUUAUAUCAUAUAGCUAGCGUUUGAGGGAGCGUAAAGUACAAAGAGACUGAGCAAAAGGAGAGCGUUGGUCAUAUGGAAUAAGGCUGCUCUGUGGGAGCAGAGUGCCCAUAGUGAAGUGUGCCCAAAUACACAUACCCUAUCUCCCGCCUUGGCUUUACUGUGGUUCUGACUGACCAUGGAGGUGUUGGAAAAUGGGGAGCAGAGCCUGUUGCACUGGGAUCGAAAGCUGAGCGAGCUGUCAGAACUGGUGGACUCCGAUUCCCUGCUAAACAAUACGCACUUCACGGAGUUCCUGGAUGAAUUUUCGCAGGAUGUCCUAGGCCAGCUCUUGAAUGACCCCUUCAUGUCUGAGAAAAAUGAGAUGAUGGAAGUGGAACUGUCCCCAGCAUCCCCAGCUCCCCUCAUCCAGGCAGAACACAGCUACUCCCUGUGCGGCGACUCUCGCCCCCAGUCCCCGCUGACCCACGUUUCAACUGAUGACAACUUCAAUGAAGCUGACCUGGAGAAUGAGGAAUGGUGUCUGGGUGCAGAAUUGACUUCAGCAACAAUAAAAACUGAACCUGUGCUGUGUGAGGCGCCAGGCCUUACCCCCUCUGUCAGUCUCACCAUCACACCUGUACCCCUGGAAGGCGAAGAACCCCAGCUGCAAUCUGAUGCCAUGAUGAAACCGUUGAGCCAGAAGGUUCUUCCAGAGAUUAAAUUGGAGCCACAUGAAGUAGAUCAGUUUCUGAACCUGUCUUCUAAGGAAGCAGUGGAUCCACUACACCUGCCUCCAACCCCUCCCAGCAGCCAUGGCAGUGACUCUGAGGGAGGGCAAAGCCCAACCAGGUCCCUCCCGCCUUCAAGCCCGGUCCAACUACAAGCCACAGCUAAAGUGACAUCGCGCAUGGCUUCAGCACUCUCCAAUUCGCCUCUCCUGACAGCACCACAUAAGCUGCAGGGGACUGGUCCAUUGAUCUUGACGGAGGAAGAGAAGAGGACGUUGAUAGCUGAGGGGUACCCUAUUCCUACGAAACUGCCCCUGACAAAGGCAGAGGAAAAAGCACUGAAGAAAAUCCGCAGGAAAAUAAAGAACAAGAUCUCUGCCCAGGAAAGUAGGAGAAAGAAGAAAGAAUACAUGGACAGCCUUGAAAAGAAGGUUGAGUCCUGUUCAAAUGAAAAUAGUGAGCUGCGUAAGAAAGUGGAAGUCCUGGAGAACACUAACAGAACUCUUCUGCAGCAGUUACAGAGACUCCAAGCCAUGGUUGCUGGCAAAGUGUCCCGUUCCUGUAAAGCAGCCAGCACGCAGACAGGGACCUGUCUCAUGGUGGUGGUGCUGUGCUUCGCAGGCAUUUUUGGCAGCUUCUCUCAGAGUUACGGGCCCUAUCCUUCUGCCACAAAGAUGGUGCUGCCCAGCCAGCAUUCCACACCAGAGUCAUACACUGCCUCCAUUGUACGGUCAAGAAGUCUGCUAAUUUACGAAGAGCCCCGCCAACUGGAGGAGCAGUACAGUUCAAUCUCCUUUGUAGAUCGCAGUGAUGUCUGGGAUAGGCGCAUGGAUGCCUCCAAACACACAGCACUAUCUCUGGAAUCUGUGCCGGGGGGACAGCAGGACAAAGUCACACAUUUCACAAUAGCCAAUGAAACAAGGCUAGAGAAAUCAGUGGUGCUGGGGCUGCAGCCGCACAGGGUCAGCUCAGAGCUGGAAGUGAAUGAAACGCUGAAAAUAAUUGAAAUUGAUAGACGAGUCAAUGCCACUUCUUAAAGAAGAGGCCUUUUCCCCCCUCAUUAUCCUCCCCUCUUUCCAACCCAAGGCCCACCCCUUCCUCCGGACUCAUCACCAUCAGGGAACCAAAGGGCAAAAGAGAGAGAGUCUGCUAACUUCUGAUUUGGCUGAAGAGUCUGUGACUUGAGUCAGCAGCAGUUGUCCUCAUUUUGUCCCUUCCUCCGGGCACACAAACCUGCUUCUGCUUUUACUGCUAUCCCUGACUGGUAAUACAAGGGAGGGUUUGAAUCCUAAAGGCAGCUGGUGCCAACGGUGUACAGCUGGUUGGUUUGUGUAUGUACCCUAAUCAAGGGGCAGAGCCAUCGAAUGGAGGAGUGGGAUCAAUGUAACUCACGGGGGAACAUUUGUGGUAGGUCACGUGGGAGAAGGAAGCUGAAAGAUGCAGUGUGACACAGCUCAGGAUUUGGCCACAGCUCCAUGCCCAUUACUCUUGGCACACUGGAGCUUUAUGGGGAGAGAAAAGUGUUCACAGUUCCCAUCCCUCCCACUGAGGGCAGAGAACACACACUAGUUCUAUUGAGCCAACAGCACAGACAGGAGAGUCUGUUCAAUGGCAGUAUUGAUUUUUAUUUUUUUUUUAUUUUGCUUCUCCCUGCUUGCGCUCUCUCUCUCUCUCUCUCUCUCUCUUCCCUUUUCCUGCCCCUUUAUCACGUGUUGGGUGAAGUUUCCUUACUGUUGCCAUCCUUAUGAAGGAUCCAGGCAAAGUUCAAUCAGCCCAUGUGCCUUCUCAGGCCUUGUCUACAAUUGUACCAAUUUAGCUAAAUCAGUUUAGAAACUGAUUGAGUUUAAUCUGUGUGACUCCCUUGUUUGGAAAUCUUUAAAUAAGAUUAUGACUAGUAUAUUGUAUCCAUUUAGCUUAAGUUGAUUCCUUACUGGCAUAAACGAAAUCAAUACUAGGCUCUCUUAAACCAAAAUAAAAGCGUCCACGUUAGGGGAUUGCCUGGCUUUAAUUAAAUUAGUUUCUAAAUCCAUUUAGAUACAUCGGUGCAGUUUUUUGAGGUAGACAAGGCCUCAGAUUGCUCUAGGUUCUUCUUCUUUUCCCCCAGCCUCCUGCUACUGUUGUAAAUAGUAUUUAUUAGCUUUCCAAAAUUUCACUCUGGUAGUCAGACUGGAGAGCCAAGCUCCCAAGACCAUGCAGGUGUUCUUGGUGAACUUUGAAAUCAAGAUGGAAAAAAUAUGCAUUUUUUUAAAAUUAAACUUAGUUCCCUAUAAAAGCAGCAAAGAGUCCUGUGGCACCUUAUAGACUAACAGACGUUUUGGAGCAUGAGCUUUCGUGGGUGAAUACCCACUUUGUCAGCCACGAAAGCUCAUACUCCAAAACGUCUGUUAGUCUAUAAGGUGCCACAGGACUCUUUGCUGCUUUUACAGAUCCAGACUAACAUGGCUACCCCUCUGAUACUUAGUUCCCUAUAGUGAUUAUUAGAAUGUAAUGAGGCUUCCCUUCCUCCUCCCUUUUAGUAAAAGUAAAUGGAAUUAAAGCAACCACUUAGGAAAAUAUUUGUUGUAUAUUCCCAAUUAGACGCAGUUCAAGUCAGUGCUGAUGGUCUCCCUCUCUAGUUAUUUAUUAUUACAAAACUAUCUAGAAGACCAAACCAAGGUCAGGGCCCCAUUGUGCGAGGCACUGUACACAUACAUGAUGAGAGAUUGUCCCUGUCCUGAAGCCGCUAUCCUGGAUAGACAAGGUAGAAAAAAGAUGGGAGGGGGGAAUAGAUACACGGAGAGAAGAAAUGCCUUGCCCAGGGUGUCACAGCUGGUCAUUGAUAGAGCCAGGAAUAGAAUCCAAGUCUCCUGCUUCUCAGUGCAGUACCCUAUCCACUAGACUAUACUGCUUCUAAAGCACCAUGCUGAUGCAUUUAAUGCACACUGCCUCGAGUGCAGUGAUUUUCCCUCUCUCAAUACCCAGAUUAUGCCUAGGCAGGGCUGCCCUUUCCACUCACAACUGUCCUUUCCGUGGUCCAGCCAGCCCACCAGUGAUUGCUUCUGGAUUUUAUUUGGUUAUUACAAAGGGCUGCUCAGAGUUCCCAGUGAUGACUUUAGCCUAAAAACCUAAAUAGGACAGAAUAAUAUGGCUACUUUUGCAAUUUACCAGGAAAACUUGAUUAAAAAAAUAUUAAAAUGUUUAAAAAAAAACAAACCCUCUCCUUUUUCACAUAAAUAAGGAGACCAAACUAGUGUAGCCUUGUGUUUUAUACCAUGUACAGUAGCUCUUUUCUCCAGGUAUUCUAUUUUAUAAAAUAUUUUUAAAGAAAAAUUGUAUUUUUUUUUUUGUAUUUUAGUGUAGCCUCUGCAGUGCUUCGUCCUUUCCUGUUUGGAUUUUUCCUUUUUUAGUCUCCCUUCCUUUGUUCACUAUCCCAUCUGUUCACUAGGGGCCUGAUCCAAAACCCAGUGAAGUUAAUGGAAAGAAUCCAUUUGGCUUGAGUAGACUUUGGAUCAGUCCCCACUGUACCAUGAUCAGAAACAACAUUCAGAUUGGCAAGAGUGGGACAUGUGCCCCUAUUCCAUGAGCAGAUAAUGGAAUUUGGUAUGUACACCUCUUGUGUGCAUCACUUUCUAGGUCGGGGUAGGCAACCUAUGGCACACAUGCCGAAGGUGGCACACGAGCUGAUUUUCAUUGGCACUCACACUGCCCAGGUCCUGGCCGCCGGUCCGGGGGGGGGGAAUCUGCAUUUUAAUUUCAUUUUAAAUGAAGCUUCUUAAACAUUUUAAAAAACCUUAUUUACUUUACAUACAAUAAUAGUUUAGUUAUAUAUUAUAGACAUAGAAAGAGACCUUCUAAAAAUGUUAAAAUGUAUUACUGGCAUGUGAAACCUUAAAUUAGAAUGAAUAAAUGAAAACUCGGCACAGCACUUCUGAAAGGUUGCCGACCCCUGUUCAAGGUCAAACCCCAUUCAUCUGUCCAGGUGCCUUUAAAAAAAAAAUUGGUGGCGAUGAGAGAGAAAUGCCAUUGUGAGCAUAUUCACAGUCAAUCUUUUCUUGUCAGUGUGGGUCAGUACCACCCCUAAGGCAUAUCCCCUUUUAUUAAGGGUCAGUCACAACAGCCAUGAUAAUUCUCUCAGGCUCUCUUGAUUGCUCUAGUGCACACAGACAACCGUCACACAGCUCUCCCUUUGGGAACCCACAUUAUAAUUGCACGAUGGAAAGAGGAAGGAAAAGAUGGGUGUGAGUGGGCAAGUGUCUGAACUGAGACACAAGUGAUGUCAGCAUUAUUUUAACCACCUGAGGUCACUAAAGGGAAGGGGAAAAUGUAUGACCUGUUAGAUUUACCAUAUUGGCUAUCUCAGGGCAUCCAAGUACAAUCAGGUAGCCAUGAGUCAGGGAUUAGCAGAUUCACAAAAUACCUGGUUUACAGAGCAUCCCCAGGUGCCCUUCACUUUGAGUGAAACUGGGGGGGCUCAGCGUUCCUACAAAACAGGCCCAAAAUUUCUGUCUCUCUUGGGGAUUAUUUAUAUAGCUGUGUAUGGAAUGUGAAUGUGGAGUAGGUGGAGGCUUAACUGUCUAAUCUCUCGUGCCCAUUACCCUACUUAAUGCACGAGUGCAUUCGCUCCCAGUAAAGAGACACUAUUAACGUUACUAAUUUAAAAAAAAAUUGAAUUCUGUCCCUGUGUUCCUUAUAAUAAUUUACACUGUUAAAAUAGAGAAUUUCCCCAAAUCAUUGCUAAUCACCAUUAAAACCAUUUGCUUUUUGCAAUUCACUCAGCUUGGAUACACCACACCAUUUAUGGGGGUUUUACAUCUUCAUUGAUAUGGGCUGCUGUCUGAGUCAGGCUACUGGAUUAGAUGGUCUGAUCUAUGUAUGGAUAAUGUGGAGUACAGCAAUUCCUGUGUUCCUAUGACCAUAAAAAUAGCCUCUCUAUAGCCCUAAUAUGUUUGAUGCGUAAAAAGAAAUUUUAGCUGUUUUUUGUGGCUCUCCUAAACUAGCACAACAUUUAGGUUGAAGUCACUGCUGGGAAAUAUUAUUCCUUUAAAAUAAACUACUUCUAUUGAACCUGACAGUGGCUAUCUAAUGCUAAUGAAAUGGGUUUCUUCUGUAAGGCCUGGUCUACACUGAGGGGAGGGGUUGAUGUAAGAUACGCAACUUCAGCUACAGCAAUAGCAUAGCUGAAGUCAACACAUCUUAUUUCGACUUACCUCCCGUCCUCGCGGCACGGGAUCGAUGGCCACGGCUUCCCCGUUGACUCUGCUGCUUCCUGUCACCCUGGUGGAGGUCCAGAGUCGACGGGAGCGCGUUCGGGGAUCGAUUUAUCUCAUCUAGAUGAGAUGCUAGAUAUCGAUCGAUCUGGCGGGUAGUGUGGACGUACCCUUUGCUCUUUUUCUAGCAAUUGGUCACUUGUUUACUCUGGGGUGAAAUUCAUUCCUGGAUGUAGGGUCAGCACAAGUCAUGCACCACUUAAGUCCCAAGAAAUCAUCUAAGUCCCACUCUAGCAGUCCCAGGCCUAGGGACUUAUGCAGUAUAUAGCCUUUGUGCUGGCCCUCUGCACAGAUACCCUGAAAGCUGCCUACAUGGAACCCCAUUCCCAAACCCAUGUUUUACCACACCAGUAAAACUUUGCUUGUCCCCUAUAAUCUUCGGACAUUCCCCGAGCUGUCAGGCUUUGAGUCCAGGAAGUUAAGCUAUGAUGGAAAGUAGGGCAUUAUUUUUUUAAUAUAAAUAUAUAUUUAUGGAAAUCAGGCCCAGGCCAUGUGACAGUUCUAAUCAUGUUAGUAUGGAGGAGAGGAGGAAGAGAGAACUAUAAAUAGCAUACCAACCUCUGUUACAGUUUCAGGUAUGUUCACUAUUUGUUCUGUGCAGACUAAUAUUUUAAUACACUAAGGUUCAUAGGCCAGAUCUCAGCUGGCUGAGUUUCCAUUUACAUAGUUUACAUGGAGUAGUUCUGACUUACACCAUCUGAGGAGCUGGCUCCUGUCACUGGGCCGGGCUUCUCUCCAGCUCCAAAGUAUGCGCUGCCAUGCUCAGUCUCUUUAAAGACUUAAUAAACCCAGGUAAAGAAACAGAAAAAAGAGGCUUAACUCAGUCCUUGCUUUCAGGUUCCAGUUCCACCCCUCUCAGGGAUUUCUCACAUGUUCCCAGUUCUGGCCAGUUUUGCUCCCUCUUGUGGGUGGCAGCCUCAGGGCUGUCUCCCUCAGCCACUGGCCCCCUUGCUCCAGGGGCCCCACCACUGGAGUUUGCUCCACUCUGAUGUGACUUUACCUCCUCCAGGGCACAGCCUGCCUCAAUCAAUUCCCCCUCCAGCUGCCCAGUUAGCAGCCCUUUAUAGGCCCAGGUGUAGCUCAGCCCUCUUUUAAUUGGCUGGAUUGGGCUCACUGAUUCUGGUCCAGGGGAGCAGGGCUCAGUCUGUCCAUAGGGACCAGCUACCCUGUGACACCCCAUAGCUUUAUCUGCAUCAAAAUAUAUUUUUAGACUAAAAUUUAACUGUCUGCCUGUCCUCUCCACACCCCCCUCCCCUCCCCCAAAAAACCACCUAUUAAUAACUCACUUUCAGCAGUGGACAUUGUCUAGACACAGUUACAGUGUAGGUCAAAUGAAUGAGUAAUAUUAAUUACCACAUCAAGAGGGAUUGCCAUAGAGUAUUUGGGCUCUAGAUUCUAGCUAGUGCCAACAGGCCAUUGUACAACCCCCCAAAUCACACCCCCCCCACAAGAACAGAAAUAUAGUUAGUAUUUUUAUGCUCUGUGACUAAAAUAUUUUAUUCUCAAAGCACUAAUUAGAAAGGGAAUGUUUUGCAUUUUGAAGGUGAAACAGUAGGUCGUUUGCUUUGGUGAUUGGGAAUAAAGCAGUAUAUUGUAGAGGUGCUUUGUUUAACUACUAUAUUGCUUCCAUAACUCUGCAGCUUUGCACUGUAGCUGCCCUUACUGUUUAUCAGUGUUAAGGCCAAAUGACUGUUGGGGGUGUGGGGAUAAACUGGCCACAGAGAAGUGCAUUAGAUAUAUCAAUAAAUGUGUACAGGUUCAGUCAGUGAGUCAAUGUGCACAGCCAAUAAUCUUAAAACCCAGCAGAUGCUCCAUGGACAUUCAGUCUUAGAUUGUGGGUGAGAUCCAGAUUAACUGCCUUGCCUCAGUGGUAGAUUGUACUUAGAGAGACCCUGGACAUGAGACAGGAAUUUGUUUUUCCAUAUGCAUAUCUCACACAUCUUCCUUUCUUUAUUAAGGCACAGAUGUGGUUUUGCCUCCUAUUUUCUAAGCCCGUGUUGCUUUGGAUCUUGCAAGAAACUCCCAUGAGACUGAAGGGGGGGCUGUAUUUUGGUUUAGUUACUGCCACCAGUCUCUGCUAUGAUCUACAGCCCACUUCCAACCCAUCCCUCAAAGAGAGUAAAAUGUGAGGAUAUGGAGUAAGGGAAAGCUGCAUUUCCAAAAUUGCCUCAAAGGUUGUGAAGUAAUUCUGAGAUGGAGGGUCUCCAGCAGCAAAGAGAAAAUUUCUUCACGCCAAGAAGGAAAAUCUUUUGUAUGGAUCGACCCCCACUCCCACGCAAAUCUUACCUUCUCUCCUUCCUUACCUUUUUAAUUAUGUAGCCCUGUGCAUGGAGAAUAAUGGGGCUGACCUUUUCAGUGGAUUCCACUUUCUCAUGCAACAUGGGUAAAAUAAAUCUGAUCUUUUAUUGUACAUAUAAUGGGUUGAGAAUAGGAAAGAAAAGAGGAGCAGAAGUGGGUGAGUCACAAUCAGACUUCUGUUUUAAAAUAUCUGUUUGUAUCAGCCCAUAGCUGAUUCUGGUACAGUGAUGCCAAAGUAAUGGAAUCCCAUCUUCGAUUGAUAUAGUUAACAAUACCAUGUGUAUUGAGUGAUUUUAAAGACACUUGCAGGAGUUUUCUUAAAAUACUAAGCCACUCUAAAUAAAGGCUUUCAUUCAUUUAUACUUCAUCAUUUAUGCGUUUAUCUGAGCAGCUGGCAGACAUUCCACUUGGUUCAAUAGAACGUUCUAUCUGGAUCCCAGUGCAAAUGAGAUUAGCAGUGGUAUUACCUAUCUGAAAGCUGUCCUGUUACAUUCUGUAAGUGUUAUCUCUUACUGUAUAUGAAGAUGUAUGUCAGUAGAGCCUGGACUGAACACCAAACCUGAUGCAGACAGCUCUGGAUAAGUACAGGGAAACGUACCUGGCUUUACCCUAAUUAGCCUUUGGGUGUCACUUUUUUGUUUCAUGAAAUUACAGCUUCAGCCCCUUUUUUUUUAGGGCAGUAAAUUAGAAGGCCAUAAGACGUGAAGUCUGGGAGUGACAGUUCAAGGAAUACAAUUAGUCUUCUGGUACAAGAGCUAAAGGAUUCUCCUUUCCCAUGAACACGUCCUCUUAACCACGUUAGGCUCAAUAAAAAAUGACUGCAAAGAAUUUUCUUGGACAUAUAAAUUCAAAUUGCAGGUAUAUUCUAGUUCCCCUGUGUGUUCCAGAGAACAAAUUAUCUGGAGUCCUCUCCUCUAAAAUGAAAUGCUUCCCUGUGGAGGGCCAGAAAUGAUGUUUUGGGCCGUCCAAACCAAUGUCAUCUUGCAGGUUACAUCCAUGUAUCAUUUUGAUUACACUCUUUCUCUCUCUGUGUGUGCGCAAAUACAGAUGACACACAUUUGUGGUUUGUCCAUAUGCAUAUUCAGCACAACUAUCCAUUAUGAAAAAGAUGGCAGUUAUUUGGGACCGUGCAAGAACAAAAUCCACCAAACCAUCUCAGUAAACUGUAACAGAGCCUCCUUUCACUUUGCUGACAUCUAUGUUCUUUUGCCAAAUGUAUGUUUAACCGUGCGUGUACGUGCUGGUUACUCUCUUUUUGUAAUGACUUCUAUACAUUCACUGCUCAUCUGGAUACAUUCCCACUUGGUUGUUCACACUGCAAACAUGUCUCUUGGUGUAAAGAAAUUGUUUUCUUGUAGAAUUCAGCAAACUAUUAUUGGAAUAAAACUAAAUGCUUUUGUAGGAUUAUAUAUAUGUAGUUAAGUAAAAACUAAAGUAUGUUAUGCCUUUUCAU